AUGGACAUUAAAUUAAUAACUUUUAGUGAUACAUUCAUUAUCUAUAAGGAGAUCUAAACGAUAUCAGACUUAAAGAAGGAAAUCAAAAGAAUUGGGAUAUAAACAAGGGAUAUCAUUAUUUACUUUUAUGAUAAUGAUUCUGAUAAAGUUGUGAUAACACAGGAUGAAGAUCUUUAAUAUGCCUACCAGCAAAGCAAGGCUCUUAAUAGACAAACAAUCAAAUUUUAUGUUUAUUACAAACUCAGUUAGCCUUAAUACUAGCAAAUGGGAACCCAGAUCAAAAUCUCAACAUAAUAGCCCUAAAUUGAUUGGAUAAAUUAAUCCUUCUAAAAGGAGAGCAGCUAAUCAAUCAUUUAUCAUAAUAUAUAUAAUAAUAAUUCCCCUUUAAUUAGCAGAACCUCUACAAUUAUAAUUCCGAAGCAAUCAAGAGAAGAAAAGUUGAAAUUGGCAAUUGAUUCUUUCAUCGAUUAAAUAUUGAAAGAUGAAUAUCAUAUAUGA